UCGUAAUUUAUAAUGUGGUACUAAAACAAUAAAACGCGAAAGGUUGACUGAGCCAACAACACGGUAUAACGGUAAAAACUCCCAGCACCCCUGAAUGCGACAUUGACCACAAGACAAAGAUGGCGACCUGCAUCGGCACGGUCGUGAGAUUCGGAGGCGCGGCACUGACCGCCGUCUUCCAGCCGGUGGCCAGACAGUGUUGCCGGCAGAGAGCACGCGUGUACGUCCCGCGCCGCUUUUCGCACGGGGCCCGCAGCAGUUUGUACGAGCACGUCCGCGAAGGCUACAGCGACAAGCCCGAGCUGGACAUGAGAGCAGUGUGCGAGGAGACCGACAAAGUCAUCGCAAAUGUGGAGAACAGGAAGGGGGACCUGCGGGGCGACGACGUCAGGGCGAUUGUGUGCGUGUGGCAGGAGCUGCAGGCGGUGAGGAUGGAGAUCUCGGGACUGGAGGCGCAGAAGAGACACGUCAGUGACACCGUCAAAGAUUUCCUGGUCGGUAAACCUCUGACCAAGAGUGACAAGAAAGCGCUCAGCAAUCUUCCAGAGUACACUCAGGCUCUGCAGAAGGGCCGCGAGAUCCGCAGCAGACUGAAUCAGCUCUACCCCAGGGAGACGGAGCUGGACCAGGAACACUACGGACGAGCGCUCCGACUGCCCAACACCACGCACCCCGCUGUGCCGGUGGGAGCUGAGAACCAGGCGAAGGUGUUGGAGCUGGUUGGACAGAAACCAGAGUUUGACUUCAAGCCCAGAGGCCAUAUAGAGUUGGGGGAGGAGUUGGGUCUCUUCCGCCAGAGACAUCUCGCUCACGUCUCGGGCCACAGGUCUUACUAUCUAAGGGGAGCGGGCGCCCGACUCCAGACCGCACUGCAGAACUUUGCCCUGGACACACUGCAGCGACGGGGCUUCAUUCCCAUGGUUGUACCUGACAUGCUGAAGGGGGCCGUGUUUGAGGGUUGUGGGAUGCAGCCCAACGCCCAUCGGUCUCAGGUGUAUUCUCUGGACCAGACCCGCUUCCCAGACCUCAACCUGGCCGGGACCGGGGAGGUCGGAGUGGCAGGGUACUUCAUGGAUCACGCGGUAAACUGGAAGGACCUGCCCGUCAGGACGGCGUGCAGCAGCACCUGCUACAGAGCGGAGACGGACACGGGCAGAGAGACGUGGGGGCUCUACCGAGUGCAUCACUUCAACAAGGUAGAGAUGUUUGGAGUGACCGCAGAUGAGACGGGAGAGGAAAGCGCUCAGCUGCUGGAGGAGUUCACCUCUCUGCAGAAAGAGAUGUUCUCUGCACUGGAACUACACUACAGGGUGCUGGACAUGCCGACGCAGGAACUGGGUCCUCCAGCACACAGGAAGUAUGACAUCGAAGCCUGGAUGCCUGGGAGGGACGGCUAUGGAGAGAUCUCCAGCGGGUCAAACUGUACCGACUACCAAAGCAGACGCCUCAACAUCCUGUACGAGCGAGAGAACGGCAGCCUGCGCUACGCCCACACCGUGAACGCCACCGCGUGCGCCAUCCCCAGGACCAUCAUCGCCCUCCUGGAGACUCACCAGACCAAAGAGGGAACUGUGCGUGUCCCCCGAGCCCUGCAGUCCUAUUUGGGACUAGAGGUCAUCGAGACACCAAAAUACGCUCCACUGAAAUACAUCGGACCCAACCAGCACAAGCGACCCCCCCGGCCUGCUCCCAAAGCCAGAUGAAACAAACAAAAAGCAAACACCUGGAGGGGGCAGUUCCCUUUCGCCAUUCUACACCACCGGGACCGGAAGUUGGGCCUCACAUGGGUGCCAUCUGCUCUGAUUGUAGAGAUCAACAGACCUCUCUGAAGGAGCUGGAUGGAUAAAUAGAUGAAUCUGCUGUUCUGUCCUUGAAUUGAGUUGAGUUUGUGGACGCUUUGAGGCAGCGGAUCAGACCUUUAAUAACGCAGUUUAUACCGUCAUAUGUAAAUAUGUUUCUUAUUUUGUUGAAUGACAUGAAAUUGAGAGUGAAAACAUCAGCAGGAGGACCAUGAUGAAGAACAACCAAUAAAAGAAAUAACUGUCACAUUA